AUGUCGUCGACCUCUCCGUCGAAGGAGCCCGAGGUGGACGCCGAAGCGCAAUCGGGCGAAGACCACGACCAGCAGAUGGAUAAGGAACAAGAUCUGCAAGGCCAGGGCCAUCCCGAUUUCGAGGUGAAAGAGCAGGAUCGGUGGCUUCCGAUUGCAAACGUCGCGCGUAUUAUGAAGCUCGCUCUCCCCGAAAACGCGAAAAUCGCAAAAGAAGCCAAGGAGUGCAUGCAGGAAUGCGUGAGCGAGUUCAUCUCGUUCAUCACCAGCGAAGGUAGCUAUUUUAUCCCCACCUUUUUCAUGAUCAGUUCUAACUUUAACUGUUUCGCAGCUUCGGAAAAGUGCCAGCAGGAGAAACGCAAGACCGUCAACGGCGAAGAUAUUUUGUUUGCGAUGACCUCCCUUGGCUUUGAGAACUAUGCCGAGGCCCUCAAGAUCUAUCUGUCCAAGUACCGCGAGACCCAAUCCGCGCGAGGUGAUAACCAGAACAGGCCCGCUAGCAGUGGUUAUGGCGCCGGUGGUCCUGCUCAGGGUCGCCCAGGAGCGCCGGGUUUCCCCGAAGGCCCAGAUAGUGCAAACAACAUCUUGAACCCCAACAUGGACCCUUCGGAGCAGGAUCCCUCCGCGUAUGGUUACCCGCCGAUGGUCGGUCAGCCCCACAAUGGGGCCGGCGGAGAGUCCUACUAA